AUGGCCACAUAUACCAACCUCUCGCUCGUCAACUAUACACCGUACACUUGGAGUGAGAUCGGACUAUCAGGCACAUAUGGCGUGCCGGAGUGGGAUUUUCCAAAAACUUUAGAGUCAGGCCAAACAUACGAUGCUCAGAUCAUCAUUGACGAGACGACCAUGACCUCUCCAAGCCAGACGCAAGCACAGUGGCCGUUUACAUGGAUUGACAACACUCACCCGGUGGCCAACCUCAAGAUUUCCGUGUCUGGAAACAGCGACGAUGGAUACACGUCGGUGAUCAAGGCCGAGCUCGAUGCUUUCGGCAUCUCGAACAACGCCAAAGGGUCGACGAUCGAGAUUCCGCUCCAGAAUGAACAAUGGUCUCCCUUCAUCCUCGUCGGCGACCAGAACUCGCUGGCCGGCAACCAUCCGCCGACGAACUGGAUGGCACAGAACCUGCCGUACAUCGGGUGCCUGACGCUCCAGGACUUGGUGCUUCCCGGGUCCCACGACGCCGGCAUGUCGACCAUCAAGUACCCGGCGGGCGGGGACUCGGACAACACGCAGACGCAGAGUCUCGACAUCUAUGGCCAGCUGCAGGCCGGGGUGCGGUACUUCGACAUCCGGCCGACCAUCUCGCACGGGGCCUACUACACGGGUCACUACACGGGAGAUCUGGGGGCGAACGGGCAGGAGAUGUCGGCGAUCGUGGCCGACAUCAACCAGUUCACGAGCGAAGGGAACAACGAGCUGAUCAUCCUAGAGUUGAGCCACAGCAGCGACACGGACGACAAGUAUCAGGCCUUCGACGAUGGCCAGUACAACGACCUCCUGUUUGAACUGUGGAACAACACCCAGCACCUGUAUACGGGCCACAAGUCCGACGUGCUCACCACCGUUCCUCUCACGGAUUUCAUCAGCAAGGGUCCCGCCGUGGUCGUCAUCUGCGACGAGCGCAACAGCUCCUGGCUCCAGAACCACCGGUUCCAAGGCCGCGGCUUCUAUUCCAGCGACCAAGUGCCCAUCUACAACAGCUACUCGGACACGACGGACCUCGACACCAUGCGCAAAGACCAGUACACCAAACUGGUCGCCCAGGCCAAAUCCCCGGACCGCGCCGACCAACUGUUCCUGCUCUCGUGGACCGGCACCCAGAACAUCAUCGACGUCAUCGGCCUGGGGAGCUCCAUCCAGGGCCUGGCCAGCCUGUUCAACGGCCACCUGGCCCAGGUCGGCUCCAACGUCCCCUAUACCGGGCCGAUCUCGUGGGCCGAGAAGGUGAAGCCGCCCAAUAUCAUCUUGAUCGACUACGUCUCCACCGACCGUUUCUUGACAUCGAUUACCGUGGGUCUGACUCGCUUCUAUAAUUCAAAGUGUUCCUGA